CUUUCAGCUGGUGCCCCCCUUGUCCUCCCGGCUCCGUCUCCCGUGCUGAGCGCCCCCCGUCUGAUGCAGAGCCCCACACACGAUAGAUCUGGGAGGAAGUGAUGAGCGGCGGGCACGUUUCUGGCGCCCAUGAGAUGCAGUCAUGAUGGAGGAGGGGCCACCGAAGCUGGUGGAUUACUUUGUGGUCGCGGGGUUAACGGCGACAUCUCGGCCGCUGGAAGAGGAGAACCGCCAGAGGCUGUCGCGGCCGGCGGAACCUGUGACCGAUGUGGCGGUCAUCAUCCGGUCCCAGUCCGAGGAGGUGCCCCAUGGAUUCACCUGCAUUGAGAAGACCCCGGGGGGCCACUCGGCCGACCUCAGCGCCAGCUUCAUCACCAACCAGCAGAUGUACCUGUGCUACUGCCGCAGCCGGGACAAGACGCCCAUCACGGAGCUGGGGGUCUACUAUGAGGGGAAGGAGACUCUGCGGCCCGGCUGCCAGGUCAUCGACACCACGCCCUACAGCCACUCUGCCAACCUGAGCUCUGGUGCCCCCGGCCAUCCCAAGACCUUCCUCACCUACAAGCGGGCACCGGAGUCGCUGGGGCUGAACACCCUGGGGGUGAUGGACAUCUGCAUCAUAAACCCCAACAAGGGCGACAGCACCCCCCACACCUUCUGCAAGGUGGACCGAAACCUCAACACCAGCAUGUUCGGCCCGGCUCUGUUCCUCUGCUACAAGAAGGCGAUGGCCAAGGUGCACAGCCUGGUGUACGAAGCAGGAGUCAUCAGCCGGUUUCCUGAGACGGACAAUGAUAUGUUCUCUUUUCCGGAACUGGUGGCGAUGUUCUGCCUGCCCAUGGGGGCGACCAUCGAGAGCUGGUCCCUGAACACCAAGUACCACCUGCCCGUCUUCUCCACCUUCGUACUGACCGAAGCCUCCGGAGACAAGGUGUACGGCGCUGCCAUCCAGUUCUAUGAGCAGUACCCGCGGGAGCACCUGACGGAGAAGCAGUGCCAGCGCCUCGGCCUCCUCAGCGUGGUGGACAAGCGCCCGGUGAGCAGCAAGUCCGUCCAGACCAAGAAGAGCAUCUGCGUCCUGUCCCGCUGGCCGUUCUUCGAUGUGUUCCAGAAGUUCCUGACCUUCAUCUAUCGUUACUCCAUCUCUGGACCCCAUGUGCUCCCCAUAGAGAAACACGUUUCAAACUUCAUGUUCAAUGUUCCUUUCCCCUCACCGCAGCGUCCGCGCAUCCUCAUCCAGAUGUCUCCUUAUGACAACGUUCUCCUGUGCCAGCCCGUGUCCUCACCGCUGCCCCUCAGCGGGGCCAGUUAUGUGACGUUCUUGCAGAAUCUGGGCCCGGAGAACGCGGUGACCUUACUCCUGGCCGUAGUGACCGAGCAGAAGCUGCUGAUCCACUCUCAGAGGCCGGACGUGCUGACCAGCGUGGGAGAAGCCCUGGUGUCGAUCAUCUUCCCGCUCCGCUGGCAGUGCCCUUACAUCCCACUCUGCCCCCUCACCCUCUCUGACGUCCUCUGUGCUCCCGUACCGUUCAUCGUGGGGAUCCAUUCCAGCUACUUUGACCUCCACGACCCCCCACAAGACGUCCUGUGCGUGGACCUGGACACCAAUACUCUGUUCCAGAGUGAAGAGAAGAAGAUCCCUACGUAUCAGAUGCUGCCGCGCAAACCCUGCAAGGUGCUGCGCAACUGCCUGAGCGACCUGCACAAGCAGCUGGACGAGAUGUAUAACAAGCCCAUGGAAGAAGCAUCUUUAGAAUUUCUGCUGAAAGAUUACGACCUGAUUUACGGGCGGCGGAAGCAGCUGGAGCUGGACGUGCGCGCCUCCUUCCUGCGCUUCAUGGCCUGUCUCUUCAAAGGCUACCGCUCCUACCUGCUGCCGAUAACCCAGGCCCCCUCAGAGAGGACGCGGGACUCCAGCAACCUGUUCAACCUGGAGGGCUUCCGGAAGUCCAGAGACCGCGCUCACCACAAGUUCUACGCCCAGAUGGUGAAGACGCAGAUGUUCAUGCAGUUCAUAGAGGAUUGCUCCUUCGUCAGUGACCGCCAAGCUUCGCUCGAGUUUUUCGACAACUGCGUGGAGAAGGUGCAAGUGGAAGGGGAGAAAAUGGAGGACCUGCACUUGGUGGAGCUGGACGAGUCCCAACGGAGCGAGCACACGGUGUUCAUCAUGCCGGCGGAGCAACCGAUGGACCCGAACGGGACAGAACCGCCAGCGCGUUACAAGUAUGAAAGUUUCCCCAUCCUGCAGACAGAUUUAUUCGAGCUGCCCCAGGACUUUCUUUUGGCACCACCGAGCCAAUUAAAAACCAGUGCUCCCAGCAGUCCGGCACCGCGACGCACCAAACAGGAGAUCAAAUCUGCACAGCGUGUGGCACAUAUCUAUUCCUCCAUGCCCGAGAUGUGGGCGAAAUGCCUCCUGGGGCACUGCUAUGGGCUGUGGUUCAUCUACCUGCCCACGUUUGUCAGAGCCACGGCCUCUAAGGUGCGAGCUCUGCAGUUGGCGUACGAUGCACUAAAGCAGCUGGAGACCAAGAAUGUUGUGUUGCCCGAUGAGGUUUGUUACCGCAUCCUGAUGCAGCUGUGCGGUCAGUACGGCGAACCGGUCCUGGCAGUGCGUGUCAUGCUGGAGAUGAGGAAAGCCGGGAUUGUCCCAAACGCCAUAACGUAUGGAUAUUACAAUAAGGCUGUGCUGGAGAGCAAGUGGCCGUCCAGCAGUCAGAGUGGACGACUCCACUGGGCGAAACUGAGGAACGUGGUUAUGGGAGCCGCCCAGUUCCGUCAGCCCCUCCGUCACAGAGAACCCUGGUCCGAGUCUCCUCCACCCAGUGAGGACAUGGCAAAAAACAGGUCAAGAGAUCGCUGGAAAUAUAACAGCUGCUCGGCCGACCUGCCCCCGCGGCUGAACCUGGUCCGUCAGACCACCUGGGCCGGAGACACAAGCCGGGUCCCUGAGGACCCCACAAUCGGGAAACUGGUGAAGAGCAGGAGCAUUGGUUGUACCCAGAGUGACGUUUGCAUGCUGGAGAUGACGCACUUGAUGGAGGAUUUGGAAGUUGAAGGGGUCACCAGAAGGCAGGACGUCAGCCCUUCAUUGAGUGUAUCUCUCAGAAGAGCUUGUGGGACCCCGCUUAUUAUCGGUCUUUCAGAAAACGGAAGCUUAUCCAACAUCAGCUUUGCCACGGACGGCACAGGCAGCGGGACAGUCACUUCGGACGACUCCGAGGUAGUCCUGACCGAGAGCUCCACAGAAGCCCUGACCACCCGGAGCCGGGACAGCAGCACCACCUCCAGGGACGGGGCGAGGAGACGGAGCCUGGCUGGCAAGAUCCAGCAGCUGCUCACUCCCUCCAGGAAGCCGUCCAGGACCUCCCUGCUGAGGAAGACGGACAGUAUUUCUGAGACCCCCUCUCCUCUGGUGCUCGAGCAGCAUCAUGGCUGGGGCAGUCAGCAGGAGAGCUGUAGAAGACCCGAGUCCACUGCCUCCGAGAGCUCCGUGUCCUUGGGAAGUGAGGCUGACUCCUCAGACACAUCAGUCUGCAACUUUACAAUCCACAAGUCCACAGAGCGUCUGUUGGAUGGAGGCCAGGACGUCCCGGCGGUGGAGGUCCUGCUCUCCAGCUGCUCCUUGUGUCCGGCCUGUCAUUCCUUGAUCUACGAUGAAGACAUCAUGGCCGGCUGGACCUCCGAUGACUCCAACCUGAAGACCGUGUGCUCCUUCUGUGGACAGCACUUUGUGCCGCUCCUGAACGUCAAGAUCACGGACCUGCAGAGACGGCGUAGCUCUGAAGACCCCUCCGAGGCGGCCGUGGAUGGAGGUGCUGUCAGCCGUGGACCUGUUUUGAGUGACCGCUACCAGUGUCUGGUGCUGGAUGAGGAGGGGGGUCGCGCUCCGUGUAACGGGUUUCCUGACGUCCAGCAGAGCGCCAAUGACGUCAACUCGGAGAUGGUGACCGUGGCGUAUCUCUGCCCCUUGGUCCUCCGCAAGGAGUUGGAGAGCCUGCUGGAGAAUGAGGGUGGUGACUUCCUGUCCCGGCCAGAACUGGUGGACAACCACCCCAUCAUCUACUGGAACCUGGUCUGGUAUUUCCAGCGCCUGGCGCUACCCAGUAACCUCCCCCAGCUCAUUAUGGCAUCAAAGCAUGUCCAGCAAUCUGCACAGGUCACAGGUAAUCCCCACAUCAGGGUCCGCUUACUAUGGGACGUGCUGGUGCAGGACCCGGAAUGCUGGCCGCCCAUGUAUGCCCUGUGGAAGCUUCACAGAAAGCUCCCCAACCACCUGCACGGCUGGCGCUCCCACUCUCACCCCUUCACCCUGGAGUUCCUGGAGAAGGUCCUGAACUUCAUCGGACUCUUUGAGGUCCAUAAAGCCAUCUCGCUGCUAUUAACUGUCCUGCAGGAUCAGAACUCCCCUCCGCGGAUCAUCCAGAGGGGCAUCUACAGAGAGAUGCUGCUCCUAACAAUGGCCGCCCUGGGGAGGGAGCACAUGGAUGUGGCUGCAUUUGACAGUAAAUACAAGACUGCAUGUAAGAAGCUGGGGAGUUCCCUGGGAAAGGAAGAACUGCGCAGGCGGCGGGCUCAGCUCCCCAGCACCAAGGCCUUGGACUGCCGCAAGACGUUUGGUGUGACACUGGAAUGCUAGGCCUCGCUGUGACGUGGGAAGUGCAAUAUGGCGCGGUCUCCGUUCUAGUCAGAGACUGAGUGCAUGGAGAAUCGGGGAGAGGGCCGCACC